AUGCUCACCACACUGGCUAUCUGUGAAAAAUCAGGACUAAAUCAUCACCUUGCCUCCAUCCACUUUGGUCAUCAAAAUGAUAUCAUUCAAAAAUUUGUGAAGAAACAUUCUAAAAGAAACCGUUCCACGUGGAUUGGAUUGCAUCAAUUUCUGCAGAAUCAAGUCUUUUCCUGGACUGAUGGAUCGAUAUUUGGAUUUUCAAAAUGGCGCACGAUGCCAGGUUACAAUUUAAAAGUGAAUGUUCGCUGUGUGCAAAUGGACAAAAAUUCCAAUUUCUGGAGUAUCACAAAUUGCAACGAAAAUCUACCCUUUAUUUGUGGUUACAAAAUCGAUGAAUGAUUUUGAUGAAGGAAUUGAAUUCUCUGUAUUCAUUUGCUUCAUAGCUGCAGUCACUGUGAGUAUGGUGAUUGUAUUGAGUUAUACACCAGCAAAGAAUAAAAAUGCUUGCUUGCAAA